ACUAGAUUUCACAAUUCUCACCCCUCUCUUCCUUUCAGGAAUUCAUUAAAUGACGACUUGUUAUUGCCAUAUCCUCCUUCCUACCACGGCCCUCGUCACCAUCACAGGUACAUCAGAGACUGCCAAGCUGUCCUGCACGGCAACGUAACGCAUGAAACUUGGCCCAGUAACACUAGUGCUGAGCUCCCCAUCACCACGACGAGGGGAUUCGUGUCUUACUUCUCGCCAGUGAGUGAGACGCGACGGGAAGUCUAUGGCCACUUUACCUUUGUCAGCAAUCCCCUGAGAACCUUCUCCGUGUUAGAGCCCGGUGGCUUGGGAGGUUGCAAUUCCAGCGUUCGGGCCACUGUGACAGAAACUGCACGGCGUGGCAAGUGCCUUGUGGCACAAAAUGGUGGCUACUUUGAUAUGGUCACCGGAGAAUGCCUGGGGAACAUCGUGAGCGAUGGGAGGCUCGUGAGAAGUGCCGGAGGUGUGCAGAAUGCUCAGUUUGGCAUCAGGAAGGAUGGCACCAUGGUGUUUGGUUACCUGUCUGAGGAGGACGUCUUGGAUCAAGUGAACCCAUUUGUGCAGCUGGUGAGCGGUGUUGUCUGGCUGCUGAGGGAUGGAGAAGUGUACGUUGGUCAGAGUAAGACAGCGGAGUGUGACACGACUCAAACCACAGGGACCUUUGACAAGUUCAUCAAUACAACAUCUGCCAGGACAGCAGUGGGACAUGACCGGUUCGGGCGUCUGAUCUUGGUCCAUGUGGAUGGGCAGACUGAUGCCAGGGGCCUCAAUCUCUGGGAAUUGGCCGACUUUCUGAAGGAGCACGGUGUCGUGAAUGCGAUCAAUCUAGAUGGCGGAGGGUCAGCCACGCUGGUUUUAAAUGGAACCCUUGCGAGUUACCCGUCGGAUCACUGCAAGUUGGACGCCAUGUGGCGCUGCCCUCGGAGCGUCUCGACUGUCAUGUGUGUCCACGAGCCUGCUUGUGAGCCUCCGGACUGCAGCGGGCACGGGCGCUGCGUGCUGGGCGAGUGCCACUGCGCCGGCGACUUCUGGAGAGGAGCAGACUGCAGCGUCCUGGACUGCGGGCCUUCCAACUGCAGCCAGCACGGCAUCUGCACGGCGUCGGGGUGCCUCUGUGACGCUGGCUGGAUCGGCAGCAACUGCAGCGAAGUGUGUGCGAACGGUGCAUAUGGGGACGGCUGCACCCAGAGGUGCCUGUGUCAGAAUGGUGGUGCCUGUGACCCUGUGCACGGAUCCUGCACCUGCCCGGCGGGUUACCAUGGAAUCAUCUGUCAACAAGAGUGCCCCAUAGGCAGGUAUGGGCCAAACUGCCAGCAGCUCUGUGACUGCGAGCACAGCUGUCCUUGUGACCAGGAGACGGGUAGCUGUAAUAUCACGUAUGAGUCCAGCCUGCAGGACAAGUUAGCCACAGCUGGGUUCUGUCUGGCGUUCCACGUGCUGCAGGCAGGGAGUGCCGAGAAAUCCCUCCUCUCAGAGAGAACCUGGAUCGGCGUCACUUCUGUCUUGGGGCUGCUGCUUUUGAUCAGCAUGGUAGGAAACGUGAGGCUGGUUUUGAGCCGCCGGGCAGGGCUGCACUGUGAAAAUGGGGACUACGCGUACCAUCCGCUGAAGGAAAUGAAUGGAGAAGCCAGUCGUACGUGCCCUUCUGCCUCUUGGGAGCAGGACCAUCUAGAAGACGCUCAGGAUCAAAGCCAGCCAGAGACUGAAGCAUUUAUUUAACUUGACAGGUGAGGAAAGCCUCGAACCACCCCAGCUGUGGUCCUGCCUUUCACGUUCCAAGGGCUGCUUCGUCCUGGUCUGAGAAGCUAGUAACUUGUGCAAAAUAGUGGCAAGAAGGGGCAUAGUGCACAGAAUAUGUGAAUAAGGCCUUAGCUCAGCAGCUGCCUCGCAGUUCCCUUCACGGGCCUGCUGCUCAGGAUAGGAACUGCUUCUGUGGCAGUGGCUGGCCAGUAUUCCAUGCAUUAGGUGUAUGUGGAUGAGGAAUUCCCUGCCCACUAAACUAAGCCUGAUUUAUUAGCUGCAGUGAGAAGAAAACAGUGUAAGAAAAGUCAGUGGAAGUGCAACAGGCACUAGCCCCUGGCUUUUCUCCCUCUGCGCCAGUUCUCAUGCCGUGGCCCGUUCAGUGCUGGAGCAGCGUGGGUGGAAGGGCUCUUGCACGAGGAGUAGAACUUGGCUGCCGCAAGCUGUUUCGCAUGGCUGGCUAGCUGCUGCAAGCAGGGCUGUUGCACUGGGGCUAGAGGACUCUGAAGUGACCCUGCUCCCCUUUCUAGUAAAGGUGAGUUGAGCUGGAGUGGGACCCACUCUGGCCCUGGGGGAAGCGAAGAAUAACGCGCACAGAGGCUGCCCAUGACACAGACAAUAGGAUUUAACUCCUUUGUUCCCGGCUGUGUUCCAACACAGUAGUUUCCAUAGCAUCGACCAGGCUUCACUCACUGCUGUAGAAAUUGCAUUCGCCCUCUGGCUACGUCUAGACUGGCCCCUUUUUCGGAAGAGGCCUGCUAAUUUCUAACUUUGGAAUAGGGAAAUCCGCGGGGGAUUUAAAUAUCCCCCCGUGGGAUUUAAAUAAACAUGGCCGCCGCUUUUUUUCUGGCUUGGGGAAAAGCCGGAAAAGAGCAUCCAGACUGGCACGAUCCUCCGGAAUAAAGCCCUAUUCCGGAGGAUAUAGUAGGAAUAAGAGAUCCUCUGAGUACAGACUGCUUGCCACACAAGACGGAGGUGAAGUAGAUUCUAAUAUUGUCUUAUGCUAGACAACAUCUCAGGGGGAGGUGGGGAAGAGUUUACUAGGCAAAUGAGACUAUGUAUAAAAGGGCUUUUUAGAAACAUGGCAGUUUGCUUUCGGUUCUUGAGGAAAGUAACUAGCCUCCAAUGUGCCAUUGACUGCUGCAAGGUGGGCUUAGCAGCACCUUGAACCUAUGAACUUUUGUAUGCACUUUGAUCGUUUUUACUGUGACUCUCCACCAAUGCAGAGCUUGUGGAGUUUUUGUGCCACAAAUGAAGAAUCAGAUCAGUCUGUACAUUUAAGAAUUGAUUUUGCUACGGGUGACUCAACACUUGAAUAAACUGUGACUGUUUGAACU